AAAUACUUUCUCAUUUUAAGGAAAGUGGGAAUUUUUUUUUAUUUUGGCCAUAGAUUGGGAAUAUAGUCUUAAAAUGACGAGCGGACAAUCUCGUACGAAGAAACUACAAGUCUAAUGAUACCUACCAGUCCCAAAGUCCAAUAACAUAACAUCAAUUUAUAAAAAGGCAAAACCUCAAGACUACGUUUUCUUGCUCAAUCAAUAUCAUCAAUGGCGUCAAAUGGAGCUCCCGCGAGAACGGACGACACUGAAGCUAGCCUUGAGAAGAUCAAACGGCAAUUAACUGCUAGUUCAGGUCGAACUUUGUUACAAGGUCCUCUUCUGAAGCGAUCUGAAACUCUGAGGAAAUGGAACGAGAGAUGGGUGAUUCUAGAUCCUAGUACGGGGAAAAUGGAAUACAAGAUGAAGAGAAAUGAUCCAAAUGUCAAAGGGACCAUUGUAUUUGACGCAAGUAGCACAAUUGCCUUGUCUCCAGUGAAUUUUCACGGAUCACCAAAGUAUGAAGGGUGCUGCAUCUAUAUUGGAACCCCGCACAAGAAAGAUUUUUUCCUUUGUGCAGAAACUCCCGGCGCUGCAAAAGCAUGGGUUUCAACUUUAAAUGCGACCCAGUUGGUCCUAAAGGCUCAUAAAGAGGCUGUGAAUUCGUUAAGUGGAAGUGGUUCUGCCCAACUUGGCACAGUGGCUACUGUAGUAGCUGCUGCAAACUCAACUGCACAGGAAGCCUUAAAAGAAGUUGAGGCUGCAAUGAAGAUUACCUUAAAAAAUGCAUUGGGAUCAAUGUCAAGCAAAUCUUCUGAUGGCCAAAUGGACGAUUCUACAAUCAUGAAGGAGACGUUACGCGUAAAAGACGAAGAGUUACAGAAUUUAGCACGUGAGCUCCGUGCUCGUGAUUCUACAAUAAAGGAAUUAGCUGAAAAACUAUCUGAAACUGCUCAAGCUGCAGAGGCUGCUGCAUCUGCAGCUCAUAGAAUGGAUGACCAAAGAAGAUUAGCUUAUGCUGAAAAGGAACAUCUCAAAGAGGGUUAUGAGAAACAGCUGGAGACUAUUAUGGUUAAGUUGAGAGUGUUCGAAGAGAAAACUAUCACUCUAAGCAGAGAAAUAGAUCAGCUGAUUAAGCAGCGGGACUCUGCUGUCCAAGAGGCACAUUUAUGGAGAAGUGAGCUCGGAAAGGCUAGAGAACAUAAUGUCAUACUAGAAGCAGCUGUUGUGAGGACUGAAGAGAAGGUGAAGAUGAUAGAGAAAGAUUCUGAAGCCAGAAUAAAAGAAGCUUCUCAGAAAGAAUCAGCAGCUUUGCAAGAGAAGGAAGAGCUACAGAAUUAUGUUAAUGCAUUACAAAUGCAGCUUCAGAGACAACAAAUUGAUACAAAGCAAAUUUUUGAGAAGUCGGAGUCUCAUUCUGACAUAGAAGACACUCGUCCGCUAACGAAGCAUGUGGAUUCGUCUGACGAGAAUGUUGAUAAAGCUUGUCUUAGCGUCUCCAAAGCUGUUCCUGUAACGGAAGAUGGUAGUGUUAACUUGUCAGAAGCAAACCCAAGUAAUGUGCACCCAGUUAGUGAUGGUCAAUGGAACGAUAUUCAAACAACAGAAUCGAGGAUAUCCGAGGUAAGGGAGGUUACACCUGAUUUAGAAGGAAGGAGUCUAGACAUUACUGUAGUCAGCUCACCAUUGAACGGACAACAAGAUCAAGGGGGCUCCUUUCCUUGAAAUCAAUUUAGUCUUUACUAGCAGUUGAAUUUAUGUCAAACAAGUUUGUGAUGUACAUGAAAGUAAUGACAGGAGCUUCUUCUAUUACAGGAACUUUGGAUUAUGGACUUAAAGUUUGUAAUUCUUGUAGAAAUGUUUAGUGCGGAAAAUCUUAGCCAGUCUUUCUGGGUUAGAGCAAGUAUUAUCUUGUUGAGUUA